GCGGGGAAGGACCGGAACUCCGGCCGGCGGCUGGUUGAUAAUAUGGCGAUAGGAGGUGCCUGGGCGUCGCGAGGAGGCGGCGGGGCCCACGUCUGGAGGAAGGGUCUCUUUUCGGGCUAGUGCGGCGGCUUCUGCUGGCCGGAAGUCAGGGCCGGUGGCUGAAUGAGGGGAGCUGGGCCGUCCCCGCGACAGUCCCCCCGCGCCCUCCGCCCCGACCCUGGCCCCGCCAUGUCCUUCUUCCGGCGGAAAGUGAAAGGCAAAGAACAAGAUAAGACUUCAGAUGCCAGGACAGUUAAAGCCUCAAAUCCUGUAUAUUCCCCACAAAAAAGCACUAAAAAUCAUGCCUUGCUGGAGGCUGCAGGACCAAGUCAUAUUGCAAUCAAUGCCAUUUCUGCCAACAUGGACUCCUUUUCAAGUAGCAGGACGGCAACACUUAAGAAGCAGCCAAGCCACAUGGAGGCCGCUCAUUUUGGUGACUUGGGCAGGUCUUGUCUGGACUACCAGAUUCAAGAGGCCAAAUCAAGUCUUUCAAAAACUCUUGAACAAGUCUUGCAUGACACUAUUGUCCUCCCUUAUUUCAUUCAAUUCAUGGAACUUCGGAGAAUGGAGCAUUUGGUUAAAUUUUGGUUAGAAGCUGAAAGUUUUCACUCUACAACUUGGUCCCGAAUAAGAGCAUACAGUCUGAGCACAGUGAAGCAGAGCUCAUUGGCUGAGCCUGUCUCUCCAUCUAAAAAGCAAGAAACUGCAGCACCUUUUGUAACCGAGUCUCUUGACAAGAGAUUAGAGGAUUCUAGCUCAGCCCAAUUGCUUGUGAGUCAAUCAGAAGAAAGUGACCUGAAUAAUAGGACUAGCAACACCCAGAAUCGUUUGCUCCUUUCCGAGGAAUGUGACAGUGCCCAUUCUCUCCAUCUUGAAAUGGCCAGAAGAGAAGCUCAUCAAGUUUCCAUGGAAACCCAGGAAUCCUCCCCUAGACUUACAGUAGCCAGUAGAAAUAGUCUUUCUUCUCCACUAAAGGAAUUAUCAGGAAAACUAAUGAAAAGUAUAGAACAAGAUGCAGUGAAUACUUUUACCAAAUAUAUAUCUCCAGAUGCUGCUAAACCAAUACCUAUUACAGAAGCAAUGAGAAAUGAUAUCAUAGCAAAGAUUUGUGGGGAAGAUGGGCAGGUGGACCCCAACUGUUUUGUUCUGGCACAGUCCGUAGUCUUUAGUGCAAUGGAGCAAGAGCACUUUAGUGAGUUUCUGCGGAGUCACCAUUUCUGUAAAUACCAGAUUGAAGUGCUGACCAGCGGAACUGUUUACCUGGCUGACAUUCUCUUCUGUGAGUCAGCCCUCUUUUAUUUCUCUGAGUACAUGGAAAAAGAAGAUGCAGUGAAUGUCUUGCAGUUCUGGUUGGCAGCAGAUAACUUCCAGUCUCAGCUUGCUGCCAAGAAGGGCCAGUAUGAUGGACAGGAGGCACAAAACGAUGCCAUGAUUUUAUAUGACAAGUACUUCUCCCUGCAGGCCACACAUCCUCUUGGAUUUGAUGAUAUUGUAAGAUUAGAAAUUGAAUCUAAUAUCUGCAGGGAAGGUGGGCCACUCCCCAACUGUUUUACAACUCCAUUACGUCAGGCCUGGACAACCAUGGAGAAGGUGUUUUUGCCUGGCUUUCUGUCCAGCAAUCUGUAUUAUAAAUAUUUGAAUGAUCUCAUCCAUUCGGUUCGAGGAGAUGAAUUUCUGGGAGGGAAUGUUUCACUGACUGCUCACGGCUCUGUUGGUGCUCCUGACGACUCUCACCAAGGUGGUUCUGACAGCUCAGCAUCUCAGUCCAGUAUGAAAAAAGCUAGUGUUAAAAUUCUGAAAAAUUUUGAUGAAGCAAUAAUUGUGGAUGCUGCAAGUCUGGAUCCAGAAUCUUUAUAUCAACGGACGUAUGCAGGGAAGAUGACAUUUGGAAGAGUCAGUGAUGUGGGGCAGUUCAUCCGAGAAUCUGAGCCUGAACCUGAUGUAAAGAAAUCAAAAGGAUCCAUGUUCUCACAAGCUAUGAAGAAAUGGGUGCAAGGAAAUACUGAUGAGGCCCAAGAAGAGCUAGCUUGGAAGAUUGCUAAAAUGAUAGUUAGUGAUGUUAUGCAGCAGGCGCAAUAUGAUCAACCAUUAGAGAAGUCUACGAAGAAAACUGAUUGGGAGGUAGCUAUUAAAAGUAUUAAUAAAAAGAACUUGUCAAAAUCACAAAUACUGCUUGGGAAGGAAAUUAAAAUCUUAAAGGAACUUCAGCAUGAAAAUAUCGUAGCACUCUAUGAUGUUCAGGAAUUACCCAACUCUGUCUUCCUGGUGAUGGAGUAUUGCAAUGGUGGAGACCUGGCAGAUUAUUUGCAAGCUAAAGGAACUCUUAGUGAAGACACCAUCAGAGUGUUUCUGCACCAGAUUGCAGCUGCCAUGCGGGUUCUGCACGGCAAAGGCAUCAUCCACAGGGAUCUCAAACCACAGAACAUCUUGCUGUCGUACGCCAAUCGCAGGAAGUCCGGUGUCAGUGGUAUUCGUAUCAAAAUAGCGGAUUUUGGUUUUGCUCGUUACCUACAUAGUAACAUGAUGGCUGCAACACUGUGCGGAUCCCCAAUGUACAUGGCUCCUGAGGUUAUUAUGUCUCAACAUUAUGAUGCUAAGGCAGACUUGUGGAGCAUAGGAACAGUAAUAUACCAAUGCCUUGUUGGAAAACCACCGUUUCAGGCCAAUAGUCCUCAAGACUUAAGGAUGUUUUAUGAAAAACACAGAAGCUUAAUGCCUAGCAUCCCCAGAGAAACAUCCCCUUAUUUGGCUAAUCUUCUUUUGGGUUUGCUUCAGAAAAACCAAAAAGAUAGAAUGGACUUUGAAGCGUUUUUUAGCCAUCCUUUUCUUGAGCAAGUUCCAGUAAAAAAAUCCUGCCCCGUCCCCGUGCCCCUGUGUGCUGGCUCUGCCUCGGGAAGCGCCUGCGGCAGCUCUCCGCCUUGUCGCUUUGCCUCUCCACCAUCCCUUGCAGAUAUGCAGCAUAUUCAGGAAGAAAACCUAUCCUCCCCACCAUUGGGUCCUCCCAACUAUCUACAAGUGUCCAAAGAUUCUGCCAGUACUAGUAGCAAGAACUCUUCUUGUGACACGGAUGACUUUGUUUUGGUUCCACACAACAUCUCGUCAGACCACUCAUAUGACAUGCCAAUGGGACCUGCCGGCAGACGAGCUUCACAUGAGUUCUUGGUGUUUGGAGGACAGUGUCCGCCUACUGUGUCACCUCACAGUGAAACAGCACCAAUUCCAGUUCCUACUCAGAUAAGGAAUUAUCAGCGCAUGGAGCAGAAUCUUACAUCUACUGCCAGCUCUGGCACAAAUCUACAUGGUUCUCCAAGGUCUGCAGUGGUGCGAAGGUCCAACACCAGCCCUAUGGGCUUCCUCCGAGUGGGAGCCGGCUCCCCAGCGCCCGCAGACACAGCACAGACAGUCGGACGAAGACUCUCCACUGGGUCUUCCAGGCCUUAUUCACCUUCCCCUUUGGUUGGUGCCAUUCCAGAGCCAUGGAGUCAGUGCUGCUGUGGGCGCCCGCAAGGCCAGGAGUCCGGGAGGAGGAACUCUUCAGGUUCUUCAGUGCUGCAGGCUCAGUCACCACAGUCUUUCUUCUUGGGUGCUAGGCUGCAGAGCGCCCCCAGCCUCACUGACAUCUACCAGCACAAGCAGAAGCUCAGAAAGCAGCACUCGGACCCCGUGUGCCCGUCCCACACGGGGGCUGGGUGCAGUCACUCGCCGCAGCCCAGUCGGCCGGGCAGCCUGGGGACUUCUCCCACCAAACACCUGGGGUCCUCUCCGCGGAGUUCUGACUGGUUCUUUAAAACCCCUUUACCAACAAUCAUUGGCUCUCCUACCAAGACCACAGCUCCUUUCAAAAUCCCCAAAACACAAGCAUCUUCCAACCUGCUAGCGUUGGUUCCUCGCCAUGGGCCUUCUGAAGGGCAAUCUAAAGAUGGGGAUGACCCACGAGAAUGCUCUCAUUGUCUCUUACUACCAGGAAGGGAGAGGCAGACGUCUGAGCAGCAAAGCAAGGCACUGUUUGGCAGAUCUGUCAGUACUGGGAAACUGUCCGAUCAACAAGUCAAGACACCUUUAGGUGGACAUCAAGGCAGCACAGACAGUUUAAAUACAGAACGACCAAUGGAUAUAGGAGCCUGUGGUGUGGCCCUAGUGCCUCCCGGGGGAGCAGCAGCCAGCUCCAGGGCCGUCCUGUUCACUGUGGGGUCCCCUCCACACAGCGCCACGGCCCCCACUCGGACCCACACGGUCCUUCGACCAAGGACAACCUCAGUGGGCUCCAGCAGCUCGGGGGGCUCCCUGUGCUCCGCAAGCAGCCGCGUGUGUGUGGGCUCCCCACCCGGGCCAUACUGGGGGCCAUCCCCUCCGGGAGCAGAGGCAGCCCCCAGCCUGAGAUACACACCUUAUGGGGCUUCGCCCCCCAGCCUGGAGGGGCUCAUCACCUUUGAAGCGCCUGAGCUGCCGGAGGAGACGCUGAUGGAGCGGGAACACACAGACACCCUGCGCCACCUGAACAUGAUGCUGAUGUUCACGGAGUGUGUGCUGGACCUGACAGCGGCGCGGGGCGGCCUCCCGGAGCUGUGCUCGUCCGCCGUCUCCUUGUACCAGGUCCAGGAGAGUGUGCUCGUGGACCAGAUCAGCCAGCUGAGCAAGGACUGGGGGCGGGUGGAGCAGCUGGUGUUGUACAUGAAAGCGGCCCAGCUGCUGGCGGCGUCGCUGCAUCUUGCUAAAGCCCAGAUCAAGGCCGGGAAGUUGAGCCCGUCCUCGGCAGUGAAACAAGUUGUCAAAAAUAUGAAUGAACGAUACAAAUUGUGCAUCACCAUGUGCAAGAAACUUACAGAGAAGCUGAACCGCUUCUUCUCCGACAAACAGAGGUUUAUCGAUGAAGUGAACAGCGUCACUGCAGAGAAGCUCAUCUAUAGCUGCGCUGUAGAGAUGGUGCAGUCUGCGGCCCUGGACGAGAUGUUUCAGCAGACGGAGGACAUCGCGUACCGCUAUCACAAGGCGGCCCUCCUCCUCGAAGGCCUGACCAAGAUUCUCCAGGACCCCGCGGACGUGGAAAAUGUGCAGAAGUAUAAAUCUAGUAUUGAAAGAAGGUUGUCAGCGCUCUGCGGCAGCUCUCCCACGCCCUGAGGAGCAGCAGGUGUCCGGGCUGGUGCCGCCUGGUCACUGCCAGAGAAUGAGCAGCGAUUUCAAAACAAAAACCACGUGUUUGUAGGAAACCUGCCUUAUUGGAAAGUCACCCUUUCCUUUUUCUUUAUAGAAGCAGAAGCAAGAGUAUGUCACUUGGCUCUGUGUGAACUUGGUAAAUAAAUGUACCUUAGAGCUAGAAUCACUAGUACAUUUAUCCUUAAGGACAGUUAAGGAGACAAAGUGAGUCGCUCCUCGCUAGCUCACCAGAGCAGUGUGUGGAAUUCCACGUGUCUGCUGAGUGUGAAGUAAACAGCGACAUCUCGUCCAGGCAGCUUGGUCCUGGGGGUAUGUUGUCUAAGUCUGAGCAUGACCCUUAAACAGCUCAGGAAGAAACAGCUUAAGGAGACGGGAAAGAUGGCAGUUAAAAGGAAUUGUGAAAUCUUCAGUUUGAUCUAAUAUGGACUCUUGUUAUUGUUAAUCUUCCCAAAUCUUUCAUAUAUUGCACUAAUUUAUUAAAACAACUCUGUAUUGGAUUUUGCAAUUUAAAACUAACUGAGGCACAAUGGACUUGUUUGAAAAAUACUUUACUUGAUUGUCUACACACACCCUUUCCAGAAUCACAUGUAGUCGCUAGUAGGCUUUUCAGUGGUGAGAGCCUGUGUUCAGGUGAACCUUUGCGUUUCUAACCUCUUCAUCUGCACCCCCAGGUUUUCUCUGAUGUUUUUGAGCUGCAGCUGUUGGCCUUUGGUUGCAUUCUUUAUUGUGCAUGCGGAUGUGCAUUGGUGGCUGGGACUUCUUGGCUUCUUAACAGCUGGUUUAUUUGGGCAGUAUUAGAAAAAAAUGUCAAUCAAGGGAUACCCGCUAGAAUUCUAAUAGGGCCAAGUCAUGUUGGGAUCUAAAGGCUUGUUAAUGAUGGGGAGUGCCUACAUGAAAUUAGUGAGAAGUGAGGUUUGUUUUCUCUUAGGAAAGCGGCAGCUCUCUAGCCUAAUACGUGUUUUUCAUGUUAAUCCUGACAGUUUACCAAAUAGCUGGUUAUGGAGAAGGUGGGCAGUUAGCAUCCCUCCAGAAAUGGUUCCUACCUUGUACAUUGUUUGGUUUCUUUUAUUACCUGCUUGAAUACUUGAAUAAACCACUCUCCAGUUUUAAUCCUUUUAUUUUAAUCCUUUUAGAUAAUAAAUUUGAACUGACAAAUUGCACAGAAGCUCUUUGGCAUUAAUCUAAUUUAGUGACAUGAUAAAAACAUAAACAAGGCUUCCCUUUACUUUGACCAAGUAAUGUAAUUUACCUUAUUUAUCUGUAUGAAAUUCCAGCAGUUAAUUUGAACACUUAUUUAUAUGAUGUUUGUAUUCUUAGGUCUUUAAUACAGUGUUUCUACCUCUCAUUUGUAAUUGCAUGCAUUAUUCUUGAAACUAGGUAAAAAUCACUGAAUUGUUGUAUAAUAAAUAGCCUUUUUAUUAUUGCCUGUACAGAUGUAAAUUAAGGUAAAAUAAACCGGACAAAGUCUUCUUUCUAGGGUAAAGCGGGGUCCAUUUUGCGUGGCUCUUGGAGCCAGGUCCUUGCGUAGUGAGUGUGGAGCUCGGUCAUGGGUACCCUUUGCCCUGCCCAGGAUUUCAAGCUCAGGGUCUGUCACGUGGCUGCCAGGAACACGGACUGGAGAAGGACGCUGCCCCGCCCAGGGCUCUAGGCACCAGUGUGAGCGAUGUUCCUUUUGUGGGGUUUGGAAGUUACAGGGUGGUUCUCACCGUGCUGUCCCAGCGGACCCUCCGAGGGGCGGGUCAUUCUCCGCCUUUGUCUCCAGUGUUUUGAACACAGGAUGAAACAGGUUCACAGUGAGCAAAUGGUUGGUCUGAAGCUGGAUCACCAAGAAGGGGCCAUGCGGUGCUCUGUGGCUUCCAUGUUCUCUCAUCCGCUUGUGUAACGAAGGUUUAUGGGAGGUAGUAUUUGUGAAACUGAAGUCUGAGCAGCAGAGGAGAUCAAACUGUAAAAUCAUGAAUAAUGGUUCUGAUUAUAUUUCCAUUAUCAAGGCUAAUUGUUUUAAGAGAUUUUUGCCUUGAUUAUAGCAAUAAUAAACAAAGACUUUGUUUCCAUGA